UUUGUACGAUAGAACCUACCGUCAGAUUCCGAAGAAAGUACGCCGUUCGAUUAUAUUUGCUGUUCUCGAAUAGCGAGCGGAAACUCGAGGCAUUCCAACGACGGUAAAACGAAGAGUUUCAUAUCGGAUUUGCCAACGGCCAACCGAGCCAGGCGAUCGGAUCAAUCCGGAUCCCCGGCGACGAGGGGAGUUUCACUUCUGAUCCGGUGAACGUACAGAGUGAAGAUCUUAUCCUCUUUCCCCGCCUCACCGACACGGCAACCUGCAGAGAGCGUUAAACGAGACAGAAAUCUUUCUCUCUCUCUCUCUACCGUACCGCGGUAUUAAAAACAACAAAGAUGAUGAUCCUCUCCGUCGGAUACGGCGGCAAAGCAAUGCUGUUGCGUGCGAGGUGAUAGUCGAUUAUGGAAAGGAUGAGAGAAAGGCCGCGAACCCGAAGUGUCAGCGAGCUACUCGAUCGGAGGGCCAAGCUCAGCGAAGACGAGAAUCCUGACGGAAGCGACUUCAAACGCCGGAAGCGAUCCGGCACAUGGCCGAGAACCAGAAGUCUCAAUGCUCCAAGUCCCAUUCAACAGUUUGGGCCAUGCGGUCGAAUAAUGAAGAAUUCUGCUAUGGUCAUGACCAUCCAGGAUCCUGCCUCCCAGAGGCUCACGUGGUACAAGCCACCGUUAACGGUGCUCGUUAUCAAGAAGGUCCGCGACUCGUCAGUUUUGCCGCCUUUCGUUCAGCUGGUCACAUGGCUGAUCGAGGAAAAACGGAUGGUUGUUUUCGUCGAAGCAUCCGUCCUGGAAGAUCCAGCCUUAGCGCGGGACCCCAGAUUCCAAGGUGUUCGGGACAGACUUCAAACUUUCCGAGACGGCACAGACGAUCUUCAGGACCGUAUCGACUUCAUCGUCUGCCUUGGUGGUGAUGGAACCCUUCUCUACGCCAGUCUCCUAUUUCAACAAUCCGUGCCGCCGGUGAUGGCCUUUCACUUGGGUUCCUUGGGUUUUCUUACACCCUUCGAGUUCGACAACUUUCAGGAGCAAGUCACCAACGUCUUAGAAGGUCAUGCGGCGCUAACUCUGAGGAGCCGUCUUCGUUGCAUAAUUAUACGCAAGGGCGAAGAGGGACAGCCGGCAAAACCACCGACGAACCUUCUGGUACUGAACGAGGUGGUAGUCGACCGAGGUCCCUCGCCUUACCUUUCGAAUAUCGACUUGUUCAUCGAUGGUAAACACGUUACCAGCGUCCAAGGAGAUGGUCUGAUCGUUAGCACACCUACGGGGUCAACGGCGUACGCUGUUGCUGCCGGGGCCAGCAUGAUUCACCCCUCGGUACCGGCCAUCAUGGUCACCCCCAUUUGCCCGCACUCUCUGUCCUUCAGGCCAAUUGUUGUUCCGGCUGGAGUCGAACUCAAGAUAUCCGUGUCACCGGACAGCAGAAAUACGUCUUGGGUAUCGUUCGAUGGAAGAAAUCGUCAGGAGCUUUUCCAUGGAGACAGCUUGAGAGUAACAACUUCAAUUUACCCGGUGCCCAGCAUCUGUGCAGCUGACCAAAUCACCGACUGGUUUGAUUCUCUGGCCGAAUGCUUACAUUGGAACGUAAGGAAGCGGCAGAAACACUUGGAUGAACUCAGCGAUCUGACGCAUUCCUCCAGCAACGACACUUUGGAUUCGCUUGAUCGCGACAGCUAGGCGCCAUGCAUUUUCCUUUUCGAUUGUCUUAUAUCGCACGAUUGUACACAACGCUGGGCUGAUGAAUGAAUGCUGCGAAGUAAUAUCUGGUUAAUUCGAAUCUCUUACCAAAUGAGGUUCGAUUGCUCACGAAUGGUAAAGCGGACCAACUUAUCGCCAGAUUCAAUCGAAUAUACAAUAUGAUACUGAUUAAGGUUAGGCUGUACAAAAACAGAGAAACAAAAUGAAAAUAAGGAUGCAUCGCAUAUUCAAUCGAUUUUGAUCCGUCGUAACAUAAUUAAACAAAUAUCGUGAUCAAAGGGAGAUACUAAGUAAGUUAACUAUCGCGAAAGCUCAGAAUUGAAGCGGACGAAGACAAUAUAUCGACUUUAUAAAUGCCCAUCACUAUUACUGUAUAACAAAUACGAUUGCGACUCGCAUUGAGUGUUGCUUGAAAAUGUUCAUUAUUUUUAAGAACCCUAACUUAUAACGCAUGCGUAGAAUAACAUGUAAGUGUUGAUCGGUAGAGGAUAUUUUUUUAUUUAUUUAAGCAUUGAAACAUUGAAUCAGUGGAUGAGGAAUGUGAAAUU